AUGAAGCAAUAUUUUUUGUAUUCAUUUAUUAUAUUUACUAUUGUAUUAACAUUAGUUCAUUGUCAAAAAGCUAAUGAACUUUAUCAUUAUUUAAUGUCAAAUUAUAAUAAAAAUGUUCGUCCAGUAAGAAAUAAUUCUGAUCUUGUUAACGUCAAAAUUGGUCUGAAACUUAUACAAAUAGCUGAUGUUGAUGAAAAAAAUCAAUUAAUGCAAACACAUGUCUACAUUCUUCAUGAAUGGCAAGAUUUUAGUUUUAUAUGGUCACCAGAAGAAUUUGAUGGUGUAGAAUAUAUACAAAUUCCUAGUGAAUUGAUUUGGAAACCUGAUCUUGUUCUCUAUAAUAAUGCUGAUGGUGAUUAUCAAAUUACAACAAGAUCAAAAGCACAAAUUCGAUAUGAUGGAAUCGUAAAAUGGAAUCCUCCAAUGGUUUAUAAAUCUUAUUGUUUUAUUGAUAUUCAAUAUUAUCCAUUUGAUAUACAAAAUUGUACACUUAAAUUUGGUACAUGGUCAUAUCAUGGUUCACUUGUUAAUUUACAAUUUUUAACUAAUAAUGAAUCAUCUAUUCUUGAACGUGGUUGGGAUCUUGAAGAUUAUACUCCAUCUAUUGAAUGGGAAAUUUUAAAUCUUCGAGCUAUUCGACAUGAAAAAUUAUAUGCAUGUUGUGUUGAAAUAUUUCUUGAUUUAACAUUUACAUGUACUGUACAACGAAAACCAUUAUUUUAUAUAGUUAAUUUAAUUGUACCAUGUGUUAAUAUAUCUGUUCUUGCUGUACUUGUUUUUCUUUUACCAUCUGAUAGCAAAAAAAAAAUAACAUUAUCUAUUUCUAUUCUUGUUGCUUUACUUGUAUUUUAUUUAUUACUUAUUGAACUUAUUCCACCAACAUCAUUAGUUAUUCCAUUACUUGGUAAAUAUUUAUUAUUUACAAUUGUUAUUGUUAAUUUAUCAAUCAUAAUAACAAUUAUAACACUUAAUGUACAUUUUCGCCGUCAUUCAACAUCACAUAUGUCACCAUUAAUUAGAAAAUUUCUUUUAAUUUAUUUACCAAAAAUUCUAUUUAUGGAACGACCGCCUAUACCACCAAGAUAUGUAUAUGUAAAAUCAAAAUCUUGGGAAAAUAUUGAUAGCCAAUCAUCAACAUUUCCAUGGAAAAAUGAUCAACGAAGACAUAUUGCAAGAAUAACAGCUGAUCAUAUUGCUUAUAUUGCUGAACAAAUGGAAAAUGCUCAAAAUGAAAAAGAAAUCGUUGAAGAAUGGCGUUUUAUUGCUUUAAUUUUUGAUCGACUUUUUCUUAUAAUUUUUGUAUCCGUUAGUUUAAUGGGUACACUUGGAUCAUUAUUAAAAGCUCCAUCAUUACAUAAAUCUAGAGCACCUAUCGAUCCAACAUGUUAUUUAUAUUAUCCACCUAUAAAUGAUUCUCAAUGGAUGAAAAAAUGUGGUGCAGAUUAUUUUCAAAGUUUAUCAAAUCAACAAUUAGUUUCAAAUACUUAA